AUGCAGUUCCUUAGCCUUCUCGCGUUUAUAGCGGCCUGUGCUGCCAGCCCCAUUACAUCCCAGGCUGCUCUCAAACCAUAUGUCAAGCCUAAGAGCUCUGACUCAAGAGGCCCCUGCCCGUUGUUGAACACUCUGGCUAACCACGGCUACCUUCCACAUGAUGGUCGCAACAUCACAGUCCAGGACAUCGGUAAUGCCAUUUUUGACUCCACGAACUGGCAUUCCGACUUCGGUACUUUACCCGCAAAAUUUGCAUUUCAAGGCCUCGGGCUGUCGAGCAUCAAGCUCUCUGACCUCAACAACCCAAAAGGGGGCGAGCACCCUGCGUCCCUGACGCGCAAGGACGCCAGUUCCGGCGACAGUAACACCAUCGACACCACCCGCGUAGCUCAAUUUCUCGCAGACAGUAAACCCAACUUUUUGACAGUUGAAUCACUGGCAAAAACCCGCAACCGUCUUGAUACUACCUCUAACCCACUUCCGACAACCCAGGAGAUAAGCGUAGGGCAGGGGGAGGGGGCGCUCCUGUUGUUACUUAUGCGCGACACCUACGUGCGAACGGACAACAUAAGCACAAUUCGCGCGCCAAAAGACCGCACUAGAGUUUGGCUGCUGGAAGAGAGAUUCCCUACAGCUCAGGGGUGGCAACCUGCUAAAGAGACUGUCCUGCUUUCAGAUACGGCUCCAAUCAGCGCCGCCAUUGUUGACUCGCAGGCGGUGCAAAGGGGAAGUUCUUAG